AUGUCACAAGAUAGCCCACGAUCUCCUUUUGAAGUUCCUCAUGAAGAAGAAGACCAAUCUGAAGAACUAGAUACUGAUACUGAUAAUCAACAACAAUUUGAAGAAGAAGAAGCAGACGGGUCGGAGUCCGAUUCUGAAGACUGUAGCAUCCAUACCUCCUCCCCUGAUCCUGAUAUUCAUCAGGAAAAUCGUUCACGCAAUGUCUUCGUCUUCAAGCCAAGGUGUCUGAAAAUGAAGGACAUCAAUUCUCCUCCAGAUUUGCCAGCAAAAAUACCAUUCAAGAACUCUGUUGAAGAAGAUAAUUCUCAGAGUAGGGCUCAAAAUGGCGAUCAUGAUGAAGAGAAGCCAAGAAAUGAUCUGAACAAUGAUGAAAUCACAAUCUUGAAGAGCAUUCUUGAUUACUACUCCAAGAAUGGGGCAUACCCACUUCACAAUUCCCCAGCCUUGCAUGAUUUCCUCAAAAACUCACUUCAGAUUGAUGUCCGUCCAUGGGAUUUGAAUGAUGAAAUCUCCAUAUUGAGGGAAAAAUACAUCAACAUUCGGGAGAAAGAGAGUGACAUGAAUGCUGAUGAUGAUCAUCUGAACGAGUUCAAUGAAGAUAAGAAGAAAAAGGGUUUGAGAGUUGAAGAAGAGCCAGACUUGUCUGAGUUUCCUUUCCUGAAAGAAUCAUUACAUUUUGGUAAGAAUUUGACUGCUCUGAGAUUGGUUGGAAACUCAAAGCUGAAAGAGUUGGAUGAGAAAUGGAGGAAGUUGCAGGUGGAGGAACUCGAGUUCUUCUUGAAGCGAUUGGAUUUGAUUCACGAACAAACAAAGCUCAUACUCGAUGCAAUUUAA